CUUUCCUCCUCUCCUCCUCUCCUCCUCUCCUCCUGGGCCCCUUAGCUCCCCUUCUGCAGCUGCUCCUCUCACCAUGACCACAACGCUCCUCCAGAGCCUGGCCCAUCUCUGAGUCCUGAGCCCUCCAACUCCUUCCCACCCGGGGCCAUGGCCAACUCAGGCCUCCAGCUACUGGGCUACUUCCUAGCCUUGGGUGGCUGGGUGGGCAUCAUCGCCAGCACUGCCCUGCCACAGUGGAAGCAGUCGUCCUAUGCAGGCGAUGCCAUCAUCACUGCCGUGGGCCUCUACGAAGGGCUGUGGAUGUCUUGCGCCUCUCAGAGCACCGGGCAGGUGCAAUGCAAACUCUACGAUUCCCUCCUGGCCCUGGACGGUCAUAUCCAGUCAGCAAGAGCCCUGAUGGUGGUGGCCGUGCUCCUGGGCUUUGUGGCCAUGGUGCUCAGUGUUGUGGGCAUGAAGUGUACUCGGGUUGGAGACAGUAACCCUACUGCCAAGUCCCGCGUGGCCAUCUCCGGAGGUGCUCUCUUCCUCUUGGCGGGUCUCUGCACUUUGACUGCUGUCUCCUGGUACGCUACCCUAGUGACCCAAGAAUUCUUCAACCCCAGCACGCCUGUCAAUGCCAGGUAUGAAUUUGGUCCGGCUCUGUUCGUCGGCUGGGCCUCUGCAGGCCUGGCCAUGCUAGGUGGGUCCUUUCUCUGCUGCACAUGCCCAGAGCCUGAGAGAGCCAACAGCAUCCCACAGCCCUAUCGCUCCGGACCCUCGACGGCUGCCCGAGAACCCGUUGUUAAGUUGCCCGCCUCGGUCAAGGGCCCCCUGGGUGUGUAAAGGCCAGGGUCCCAGCCAGGCCCUGCCCCCUACCACCUCUAGACUGUGUGUUUGAUAUUUUUGGAAAGAGAAGUGAACAUUCAGUCCCAAGUGUGAUGUCAUCCUAUCUGUUCCCAUGCGCCUAGGGUGUGGCCCAGACUAGAGAGGCCAGAGCCAGUUCUUGGGGCUACUGAGGUGGGUUCCAGGGUACAGGCAGAGCAGGAAACACUUAGGGUUCCUGCUUUGUAUCUCUGCCUGCCCUGCCUUGGAGUCUGGUACCAGAACUUCCAUGAAGGACGAUCACAGCUCCCUUGGAGGCCUACUAAAGUCUGGCCUAGUAAGGGAGAAGGACCCCAGGGUGAGGGAGGCCCUGGCCUGGAGACCAUUCCAUAGGUAGAAUGUUCUAGGCCCUCUCUUGGAGCCCUCCUGAGGGAAAAGACAGUCUCUGUGAGGCCCAAUUGGGGUCUGGGUCAAAGCUGAGUGAGGGAAGCCUGUAGGAGCUCCCUCAGUGAGGAAGGGAAUGAAGAGGGACAUGGCAUGAGGCCGGCCGGCCGUGAGCCAACUCCAAAGCCCUCAGCUCAGCUCUCACCGUACUCCUGCAAUGACCGUAGCCAGAUGGCAGGGCUUCAGGUCCUGAAGACCAGGUAUGACCUACUAGGAAAGGUUAAGUGCUUUGAGGAACUGAGGGGAACCAGGCCAGGUAAGCAAUGGGUCAGCAGUGUCCUGCAUCCUCAGGCCCCUAUCCAGAGAGUGCUGGCCCCAGCCGUCACUCGAAGGCUUUUGCCAGACUCCAUCCACGUCUGUGCGUCUCCUGGGACGAGGUGUCCACCACCAUCUCUUGCUUCCCACAUGCUUCCUAGCUGGUCAGCUAAAGCUGGCCUUUCUACUUGCAGCCUCUAUCCACAUCUCCAAGUUACUGAAUCUCCAGGAGUCAGCUCAGCCUCUUGCUUCUGUGCAGUCUUGAGGGGCGACAGUGGGGUGGGAGGCAGCCAGCAGGUGCCCGAGAGCUGCUAUGCUCAGGCAAUCAUAUAUCAAUUAAUCGUCUGGUUAAUGGCAGCCUCGGCCCCCAAGGUCACUUCUGAUCCUAAACAAGUUUCCCCGAGUGAGAACCACAAAAGAGCCCUCUCCUGAUGCCUGAAGCCACCAGGUGACCCUUGGCCUUGGGCGCACAUUGGAGUCAAUUAGAAGCAGAUGCCCGGCCUCCACCCAGACACAAUGACCCAGGUGGUCUCCUGGACCCAGGCUUCCAAUUCACAGAGCUCCUUCAAAGUGUGUGGUUCAUAUUCGGGGUAACUCCUAAGGCCCAUACUCCUGACCACUCUGAGGGAUCUGCAGAGGGUGGAAGGAGCCUGCCAGAGGAGGGUGGGGGAGAGGCAAGACUAGAAAGGAAGUCCCAUCCACCUCCUGCCUUUCCGGAGUCCAGGCCACUGGAGGAGACGCCUAUAUCCUUCCCAUCAAUGUCCCUUUGUGUUUAAUGACUUUGAAUCCUGUCCCGUGUAGCCUGACUAACCCAGAGUUUGAAACCUGUGAACCAAGUGUGACACAGAUAUCCCCUCCCCGGGUCUGGUACUUAGCAGUCCAUGGUAUUUGGUUGUGAGGCUGGCAAGAAGCCUCAUGAUUCCUCUUCAGUCUGAGGGUUGGGAGGCUUGAGAUUUGGUGGGCGGAGGCGGGUGUAGAGGCAGAAUGUGCUGGUUACAUCCUGUGGCUGUCAGGAGCAGGCUUGAGAGUGCAGAGUUCUGUGCAAGCACAGGACCUGGCCGUGGGGUGGCAUUGUCUGCCCCACUAUUAAAGAAGCUCAUUCACCCAUACUGGAGACUGGAAGGGCACACAGUCACACACCUUUGAUGAUUUUCACAACUAGUAUACACCCUGAUUAAAGAACAUGAGGUACCGGGGGUGGGAAGGAGAGUGCAGGAGAAACCGAGGGAGUUUAAAGCUAAGUUUGUGGACUGGGAUCUCGCAGGCAUCUCGUGAAGCAACCCCAUUCAAAUGUCCAGUGUGUUGUUUACUAUUCUAAUCUCAAGGCGGAAGGAUCCAGGAAAGACCUGGGAAGAGGAGGCUCAGACUCAAAAGGGAUGGUUCUAAAGCUACCGCCGUCACUUUUUUAGUCCCAGAAGUGAAACUGGCAAGACAUUUUGAUUCUAGAAGGACCAUAGCUACGUGUUCAGUUCCUGAAGUCCCAGGCCCUGGGGGAACGGACCAGGAAGCCACAGCCUGGGAAAUGAGUAUGACCUAUAGCCGAGACAAUUUCAAGAAGUGAUUACUUUCGUGUUACAUAACACGGUAACUUCGUGUGAUAGUGAUGCUGAAUGUAGGCUUUUUGAUCCUUAUCUGGCAGAGGUCCGCCUAAAAGGAUGGCUGGAUUUGCUUUCACCUCUUAGAACAGGUGAUUCCUGGGCAAGGAAACUAUGAUGUUGGGAAGAGCCAGCAGCUGGCAGGCUCCACUGUACCUGUUUGUAUGUUUGCUAA